GGACUUGUGAAAGUGCUCACAGGGGGAACCACAUCUGCAUUGAGAGGCUGAAUGGUGGAGGUCGAGGGACCACACAGCCAUGUCCUGGCUGCCUUGAGUCUGCCUCCUGCCAGCGUUCCAGGGCUCUGGCCCUGUCCAGCCCCUGCAACCGCUCCCGCACCUAUUCCUCCCCUCAGCCUGCGCGAAGGCACUCCUCAAGCUUCAGGACUCAGCAGGCACAAUAGCAGUCACGUGCAUGCUGGGACCGAGACGGACAGGCUGCUUCUCCUCCGGCCGUUCCUCGGGCCCCCAGAGAACCAUCUGUUUGCCUCCUGGUGCCGUCUAACCCAGGUGAGCGAGAGGAUGCUGGCGGGGGGCGUGAGGAGCAUGCCCAGCCCCCUCCUGGCCUGCUGGCAGCCCAUCCUCCUGCUGGUGCUGGGCUCGGUGCUGUCAGGCUCAGCCACAGGCUGCCCGCCCCGCUGCGAGUGCUCCGCCCAGGACCGCGCAGUGCUCUGCCACCGCAAGCGCUUUGUGGCGGUGCCCGAGGGCAUCCCCACUGAGACCCGCCUGCUGGACCUGGGCAAGAACCGCAUCAAAACGCUCAACCAGGACGAGUUUGCCAGCUUCCCGCACCUGGAGGAGCUGGAGCUCAAUGAGAACAUCGUGAGCGCCGUGGAGCCUGGUGCCUUCAACAACCUCUUCAACCUCCGGACGCUGGGGCUCCGCAGCAACCGCCUGAAGCUCAUCCCCCUGGGCGUCUUCACCGGCCUCAGUAACCUGACCAAGCUGGACAUCAGCGAGAACAAGAUUGUCAUCCUGCUGGACUACAUGUUCCAGGACCUGUACAACCUCAAGUCACUGGAAGUCGGUGACAACGACCUCGUCUACAUCUCCCACCGAGCCUUCAGCGGCCUCAACAGCCUGGAGCAGCUGACGCUGGAGAAAUGCAACCUGACCUCCAUCCCCACCGAGGCGCUGUCCCACCUGCACGGUCUCAUCGUCCUGCGGCUCCGGCACCUCAACAUCAAUGCCAUCCGGGACUAUUCCUUCAAGAGGUUGUACCGGCUCAAGGUCUUGGAGAUCUCUCACUGGCCCUACUUGGACACCAUGACUCCCAACUGUCUCUACGGCCUCAACCUGACGUCCCUGUCUAUCACGCACUGCAACCUGACCGCUGUGCCCUACCUGGCGGUGCGCCACCUGGUCUAUCUCCGCUUCCUCAACCUCUCCUACAACCCCAUCAGCACCAUUGAGGGCUCAAUGUUGCAUGAGCUGCUAAGGCUGCAGGAGAUCCAGCUGGUGGGUGGGCAGCUGGCCGUGGUGGAGCCCUACGCCUUCCGCGGCCUCAACUACCUGCGCGUGCUCAAUGUCUCCGGCAACCAGCUGACCACACUGGAGGAGUCGGCCUUCCACUCGGUGGGCAACCUGGAGACGCUCAUCCUGGACUCCAACCCGCUGGCCUGCGACUGCCGGCUCCUGUGGGUGUUCCGGCGCCGCUGGCGGCUCAACUUCAACCGGCAGCAGCCCACGUGUGCCACGCCCGAGUUCGUCCAGGGCAAGGAGUUCAAGGACUUCCCUGAUGUGCUCCUGCCCAACUACUUCACCUGCCGCCGUGCCCGCAUCCGGGACCGCAAGGCCCAGCAGGUGUUUGUGGAUGAGGGCCACACAGUGCAGUUCGUGUGCCGGGCGGAUGGCGACCCGCCGCCCGCCAUCCUCUGGCUCUCGCCCCGCAAGCACCUGGUCUCGGCCAAGAGCAACGGGCGGCUCACAGUCUUCCCCGAUGGCACGCUGGAGGUGCGCUACGCCCAGGUACAGGACAACGGCACUUACCUGUGCAUCGCGGCCAACGCAGGCGGCAACGAUUCCAUGCCUGCCCACCUGCACGUGCGCAGCUACUCGCCCGACUGGCCCCAUCAGCCCAACAAGACCUUCGCCUUCAUCUCCAACCAGCCGGGCGAGGGAGAGGCCAACAGCACCCGCGCCACCGUGCCUUUCCCCUUCGACAUCAAGACCCUCAUCAUCGCCACCACCAUGGGCUUCAUCUCUUUCUUGGGCGUCGUCCUCUUCUGUCUGGUGCUGCUGUUUCUCUGGAGCCGUGGCAAGGGCAACACCAAGCACAACAUCGAGAUUGAGUAUGUGCCCCGCAAGUCGGACGCAGGCAUCAGCUCCGCCGACGCACCUCGCAAGUUCAAUAUGAAGAUGAUAUGAGGCCGGGGCGGGGGGCGGGGACCCUGGGGCGUGCUGGGCGG